AUGCUGAGGCCCGGGCGCGCUGAGGCCGCCCCCCGGGGGCCCCCGUCCAGUCGCAGCCCCCCCAGGCAGGCCCCCGUCAAGGGGGGCUCCUAUGAUUCGGAGCUGAUGCGCCUCCUGCGAGAGAGGGAUGAGCUGCAGGGAAUGCUUGACAAGUAUGAGCGUCACCUGUCCGAAAUCCAGGCCAACGUCAAGGUGCUGACCGCCGACCGGGACAAGACUGCCGUUCAGUAUCAGAAGGCUCAGGAGGAGAUCGCGCACCUGCGGCGGGAGGUGAUGAAGUGCCGCUCGCCGCGCGCUCAGAAGAACGCCGUGACGGCGCACAGCAUCCUGAAGCGCGUGGAGGCCGAGCGGGACGAGGCGAUGACCGACCUCAAGCGCAUGAGCACCGAGAGGGACAGCCUGAGGGAGCGGCUCAAGAUCUCUCAGGAGACGGCCAUCAGUGAGCGCGCACACCUGGAGCAGAGGGUGGAGGACCUGCAGUCCACUAUUUUCACGCUUGAGCAGGAGCACAGAGAGCUGAAGAGCAAGCAGGUGGUGAUGAAGGAGACCAUGAUGGACAUGGAGGAGGAGUUCUGCAGCCUGAGCCACAAGCUGAACUCCACCGAGGACGAGCUGACCCGCAGCAGGAAGGAGUGCAGCAUGCUGAGGCUGUCCAGUACCCAGAUGGAGAGCGCCCUGAACGACAGCCAGGUCAGGCUGAACGCGCGCUUCGCAGAGCUGCAGGCCACCCAGGAAAAGAACAAACAGCUGGACGAGAGGAGCGACGUACUGCUGCAGCAGGUGAGCGGGUUGCGGGACGAGGUGACCAAUCUGCAGUCCACCGUUUCGGAUCUGGACCAGCGCAGACACGUCCUCCAGGAGCAGCUGGAGAGGGAGAGCACCCUGCUGGUGUCCACACAGAGCCAACUGGACGAUAAGGAUAAGCUUGUGCGAAGUCUAAAGCUCACAGUGGAGGAGCUGGAAACAUCAGCUGAGUGCCUGCGGGAGACAGCGAUUGGCCGGGAGCGGGAGCUGGCGACGCUGAGGAGGAAGCUGGUGGAGGCGGAGGAGGAGCUGGCCUCCGUGUCCAAGGUGAAGGAGGGGGCACUGCGCGAGAACGCUCUGCUGCGGGACGACCUGGACAAGGCCCGCCUCGACUACCAGGCCCUGCAGAUGAAGCUGGAAGACUCCACACAGGAAGCGGAGAGCCUGCAGCAGAAGAUCCAGGACUACAGCUCCGACGUCUCCCGCCUAGAGAACCUGCUGGCAUCCAAGGAGCGGGAGUGCGAGGAGCAGCUGGAGGGGAAGCGCCGGGCGGCGGCGCAGGCCGAGGGCUGGGAGGAGAAGGCGCGGCAGGCGGAGGGCGCCGCCAGCGACCUGCGGCGGGAGCUGGUCAACUCCGACGCCGAGAAACGCCGCCUCAAGGACAAGGCGGAGAGCCUGGAGGCCAGCCUGCAGGAGGCGAUGAUGGCCGAGCGCAGCUGUAACAACCAGGUGGCCCAGCUGAACCGCAGCUUGUUGCUGGCGGAGGAUGACCUGCGUCAGGCCCAGACGGAGCGGGCCGCCACCCUUACCGACCUGGAGAAGACCCGCGAGCUGUGCGUCAAACUGGACUCCAGCAAGGAGGUGGUGCUCAGGGAGCUGGACGUGUGUCGCUCAGAGGUGGAACUCUUGCGGAAGCAGCUGUCCAGCGAGCGUCUGUCCAUGAAGAGCCUGGAGUCCAUGCUGCAGUCGACGCGGGAGAAGGAGCUGCACUCCCAGAUCAACUCCCAGGAGCGGCACGCCGAGAUUCAGCUGCUGCGGGACAAGCUCACCAUGGCCGAGAGCAAGGCGAACUCUCAGAGCCGAGAGCUGGCCCAGCUGCGGUCUCGCUCAGAACAGCUGGAGAAUGACCUGGACAUCACCAAGAGACAGCUGUCCACCGAGCGCUUUGAGAGGGAGCGUGCGGUGCAGGAGCUUCGGCUGCAGGGUCUGUCCUCCUCCCCCUCCCGCCCCUCUCACAGCCCUCGCCGUUCCUGGUCCCCCGAGCAGUCCUUCCGUGCCUCCCCUGACCGCCUUCCCACCGCCGAGCGCUCUCCAGAAAGGUGGGCGCGCGCACCUGAGUGUGAAUAA